AUGCCACCUGCCAGUGCCCAUCAGUGCCACCCAUCAGUGCCACCUAGCAAUGCCAAUCAGUGCCACCUAUCAAUGCUGCCAAUCAAUCAGUGCCACCUAUCAGUGCCAGUCACUGCCGCCUGUUAGUGCUGCCUAUCAGUGCCACCUAACAGUGCCAGUCAAUGUCACCUAACAGUGCCAAUCAGUGCCGCCUAUCAAUGCCAGUCAGUACCGCCUAUCAGUGCCACCUAUCAGUACCACCUAUCAGUGCCGCCUAUCAGUGCCAUAUAUCAGUGCUGCCUUUCAGUGCCCAUCAGUGAUGCCU